CUCCAUCACAUGUGUUUCUGACACAGCUAGAACUAAUGCUUCUGGACUUUGUGCCUCUGGGUUCGCCGGGUCCAGGUCGUUGUCUCGUAAUUUAGACAGUGUGUGUGGCUGGUCGCUUGCGGAGGAAUUUCCCUGCGCUCGAGAGCACAGUGUGUGGGAGACGCGGGAAGGCGUGACUACGGGAAAUUUAUCGUCCUAACCGUUAUUUUACCUCACCUUACAGCUGCUGCUUUUAAUAAGUUUGGAUACCUACUGUAAAGUUUUUAUUCAUCUCGUUCCACUACAAUGGGGAUCUAAGCCGAAUUUUACGAGCAGGUGGGAGUGGAACUUAGAGUGGAGAAAGGUGCAGAGACAGACCGACAGCUGGAAAGAAGCAAACUAGAACAGACAGCAGCAAGAGAGAAGCAUAGAAGAGGAGGAACACAGCAUGAAUGUAGCAUGGAGGUGAAGGAGCGUCGGCCUUACUGCUCUCUCUCUCGGAGCAGGAGAGAACGAGUGAGAGACUGGGAGAGGGAAGGAGACAGAGAGGAGGGGGAGGGCUACAGGGAGGGUCCCGGCAACCGCCAUCACACCGGCUCAUCCUCCGUCCUUACCCAGAAGUCCUAUAGCUCCAGUGAGACGCUGAAGGCCUUUGAUCAACACCCAUCCAUCCAGGGGCUUUAUGGGCAUCGCAUGCCAGACAUGGUGCCAAGGGACACUGAGGAAUACAGAGCUCCAGGCCAGAGUCUGUCACUGAGGCAGCUUGGGAUAUGCGGCCCUGCUCCUCGCCGUGGUCUGAGCUUCUGCGCUGAGACCGGACUCAGUCAUCAUACACAGCUCAGCAGAGCAGACCCUAUCCUGAACGCAGGGGGCAUUUCUCCCGACUGCGCCAUGCUAUGGGUUAAGGCACACAGACGGGACUCACAGCUGUCCAGCCGGUCCAACUCUGUUUUAACGCUCACAGACACAGAGCAGGACAACAAAUCGGAUCAGGAGAAUGACCAGCUUCCCAACCAAGCAGGACCGCCUCCUCUGCCACCUGCUCCACAUCAACACAAGCAGCAUCCGUCAGUCACCUCCCUCAACCAAUCACUGGCCAAUCAGCCGACAGCGCUUCAGAGUGCAUCUGAAUGCGUGCAGCUGCAAGAAAACUGGGUACUGGGUGGCAACGUGGGCUUAGAGAACAGGCACUUCCUGCUUAAGACUGGAACCGGCACCACAUCUCUCUUCACAACUCCUAAUCCCGGUUAUACUAUGGCGACUGGAGCUGUCUACUCUCCACCAGCUCGUCCCUUAACCCGCAACACGCUAUCAAGAGGUGCAUUCAAAUUUAACAAGUCACCUAAACGGUGUUCGUGGAAAUGCACUGCUCUCAGUGCUGUAGGCGUGGCCACCCUGCUGUCAGUUCUGCUCUGCUACUGUAUAGCCAUGCAUGUACUUGGCCUGAACUGGAAACUGAAGGAUGUGGAUAAUCACGCCUUUGAGAAUGGACGAGCCACACCAGUGACGUUCCCGACCAACACUGUGACUGCAAUUUCUGCAGAUGGAAAGGUAGGAGUGAUGCUGCAGUAUAACUCCACGCUGGACACAGGACAGGUGGAGUUGGGUCAGCAGGUAGCACAUGCCAUUCCACCAGGAGUUUUCUGGAGGUCCAGACUUCUCAUUGAACAGCCCCACUUUCUCAAGUUUAAUAUUUCGAUUCAGAAAAAUGCCCUCAUUGGAGUCUAUGGGAGGAGGGGACUUCCACCCUCACACACCCAGUACGACUUUGUGGAGCUUCUAGAUGGCAGUAGGCUCAUCUCACGAGAGCGCGUUCAGUUGGAUCUGGAACUCGGGGCCCAGUACCUGCACACCGGUGUGUGGCACCUGGCCUUUUACAAUGAUGGCCGCACUGUAGAGCCUGUCUCAUACAGCACCAUAGUACUAGAGUCGGUGAUAGAAUGCCCACACAAUUGCUAUGGCAAUGGAGAAUGUGUCUCAGGCACAUGUAAUUGCUUCCCAGGAUUCCUUGGGCCAUAUUGCUCGAGAGCGGCGUGUCCAGUGCUGUGCAGCGGCAAUGGGCAGUACAACAGCGGGCGCUGUCAGUGCUACAGUGGAUGGAAAGGGAUUGAAUGCGACGUGCCCAGUGGUCAGUGUGUGGACGCCCAGUGUGGGGGUCGUGGCCUGUGUGUUACAGGCUCCUGCAUAUGUAACCCUGGCUUCAAAGGUGACAACUGUGACCAAGUGGACUGUGUGGACCCAUCCUGUUCAAGCCAUGGCUCCUGUCUCCAUGGUCAGUGCCACUGUACCUCAGGCUGGACCGGAUCGAACUGUGAGACGCAGGUCUCUAUGUGUCCAGAGCACUGCUCUGGCCACGGUACAUUCCAGAGUGAGACCAGCUCCUGCAUCUGCGACGUCAACUGGACCGGUCCUGACUGCUCUACAGAAAUGUGUGCAACGGAUUGCAGUCCUCACGGAGUGUGUGUUGGAGGUGUGUGUCGGUGUGCGGACGGCUGGUCGGGGGCAGGGUGUGAACAGGAGGAGUGUCAGGCACACUGUGGGGAGCACGGCGUGUGUCGAAAGGGGAAAUGUGAGUGUCAUCAAGGUUGGACGGGAGAAAACUGCAAUAUCGCUCACUUUUUGGACAGCAAAAUAAAAGCAGACUGGAUAGGAUAUAGAGAUAGCUGUCCAGGGCUGUGUAACAACAACGGCAGGUGCAUUUUGGACCAGAACGGAUGGCACUGCCUCUGCCAGUCGGGAUGGAGAGGGGUGGGGUGCGAUGUCGCCAUGGAAACCCUUUGCUCUGACGGCAAGGACAACGAGGGAGAUGGUUUGGUGGACUGUAUGGACCCAGACUGUUGCAUUCAUAGCACCUGUCAGGGUCAGACGUAUUGCCGCGGUGCUCCAGAUCCCAGCACAAUGCAACACCUCAGCUCACCUUCUCCAGACGCUCAGGGUUUCUAUCAGCGCAUCAGCUUUCUGGUAGCUCCGGGGGGCACACAUACCCUACCAGGGGAAAACACAUUCAACAGCAGCCUGGUGUCCGUUGUGAGAGGACAGGUGGUGACCAGCGACGGCACUCCACUGAUUGGGGUGAAUGUGUCCCUUCUGCAUUACCCCCAGAAGGGUUAUACCAUCACCAGACAGGACGGCAUGUUUGAUUUAUUGGUGAACGGAGGCACAGCACUGACGUUGCGAUUCGUGCGUGCUCCAUUCUCCGCUGUGUAUCGCACAGUUUGGUUGUCAUGGAGAGUUUUCCAUGUGAUGGACACACUGGUGAUGAGAAAAGAGGAAAGAGACACGCCAACCUGUGAAUUUAGUGGCCUUGACAGACCCUCGCCCCGAACCACGCCGUCACCACUCUCCACCUUCUACCGCUCCAGCCCCGAGGCCAGCUCCAUCAUUCCUGAGACACAGGUUCUUCACGAGCACACGGCCAUUCCUGGGAGUGAUUUAGACUUGAUUUACUUGAGUUCACGUGCUUCAGCCUACAAACCUGUUCUGAAGGUCAUCUUGACCCAGUCCAGCGUGCCCUUCAGCUUGGCUCGGGUCCACCUCAUGGUGGCUGUGGAGGGCAGAAUGUUUCAGAAGCAGUUCCCAGCUUCACCCCGGCUCUCUUACAGCUUUAUCUGGGACAAGACAGAUGCGUACAGCCAGAGAGUCUAUGGACUCGCAGAGGCUGUAGUAUCCGUGGGCUUUGAGUAUGAAUCAUGCCUGAAUGUGAUCCUAUGGGAAAAGCGGACAGCUACGCUGCAAGGAUAUGAGCUGGAGGCCUCCAGCAUGGGCGGAUGGACCCUGGAUAAGCAUCACAUUUUGGAUGUGCCAAACGGGAUCCUGUAUAAGGGAAAUGGUGAGAACAUCUUCCUCUCCCAGCUUCCUCCCAUCAUCAGCACCAUAAUGGGGAAUGGCAGACGCAGAAGCAUCUCCUGUCCGAGCUGUAAUGGGCAGGCAGAGGGAAACAAACUGCUGGCUCCUGUUGCUCUCGCAUGGGGCAUCGACGGGAGCCUGUUUGUUGGCGACUUCAAUUACAUCAGACGCAUCUAUCUGUCAGGCAAUGUCACCAGUGUCAUGGAGCUCAGAAAUAAGGAUUUCAGGCACAGUAACAAUCCCGCUCACCGCUACUACCUGACCACGGAUCCCAUCACGGGGCGGCUCUACGUGUCCGACACCAACUCCAGACGCAUCUACAGCCCGCAGGCGCUCCUGGCUGGCUCGGAGUCCCAGCAGAAUGUGGAGGUGGUGGCGGGAACAGGAGAUCACUGUCUGCCUUUUGACGAAACUCGGUGUGGAGACGGAGGACCAGCCACUGAGGCUCUCCUCACAGGACCCAAAGGGAUCGCCGUCGACAAGAACGGACUGAUCUACUUUGUGGAUGGGACCAUGAUCCGGAAGGUGGAUCAGAACGGCAUCAUCUCCACCCUGCUGGGGUCCAAUGACCUUGCCUCUGCUCGACCUCUGAGCUGUGACUCGGUUAUGGACGUCCAUCAGGUGUCUUUAGAAUGGCCGACAGAUCUGGCUGUUAGUCCGAUGGAUAACUCAUUGUUUGUGCUGGAUGGCAGUGUGGUUUUGCGGAUCACUGAGGAGGGGCAGGUCAGCGUGGCAGCGGGCAGACCCCUUCACUGCCCCAUGCCUUCUACAGACAUCCUGGUGACAGAAACACAGCGAGCCACGCAUACCCAUCUGGAAUCCCCAAGCGCCAUCGCCGUCUCCUUCAAUGGAGAGCUGCACAUCGCAGAGACAGACGAGAGGAAGAUGAGCCGCAUACGCAGCGUGGCAGCAGAUGGCGAGAUCACUCACCUGGCGGGGGCGCCUUCAGACUGUGACUGCAAGACCGACGUCAACUGUGAUUGUUACCUAACAGGAGACGGCUUCGCUAAAGACGCCCGGCUGAACGGGCCGUCCUCUCUCGUGGCAGCUCCGGAUGGAACCCUGUAUGUAGCUGACCUGGGAAACAUUCGCAUUCGAGUGAUUGGAAAAAACAAGCCUGCACUUAACAGCAUGGCCUUGUAUGAAGUGGCAUCAUCCGCGGAGCAGGAAGUGUACAUGUUUGACAGUAAUGGCACGCACCAGCACACGGCCAACCUGAUCACUGGAGACUUCAAAUAUAACUUCAGCUAUAGCAAUGAGGGAGAUCUGACCUCGGUGGCCGACAGUCAUGGAAACACGCUACGGAUUCGCCGGGACGCCAGCCGCCUUCCUGUCCGCAUCGUUGCACCUGACAACCAGGUUAUUUGGCUAACUGUAGGCUCGAGUGGUGGGCUGAAGACCCUUGGCACACAGGGGCGUGAACAGGUGCUGCUAACUUACCAUGGCAACAGUGGUCUCCUGGCAACCAAGAGCACUGCCAACGGAUGGACAACAUUCUAUGACUAUGACACAGAGGGACGACUGACCAAUGUAACUUUUCCUACUGGAGUGGUGACCAGUCUGGCCUAUGACAUGGAUACUGUCUCUACAGUAGAAAGAGAAAGUUUUGAACGAGAUGAAGCUGCAACCAUAACUACAAACCUGUCAGCAAUUCAAAAUGUCCUCAAGUUACACCAAGAUCAGCUGAAGAACAACUAUGUGAUUGGUUAUGACCAUUCCUUGUGGAUUCUGUAUGCCAAUGGAAUGAACACUCACUACCAGACCGAGCCAAACAUUCUGGCUGGCGCGUCUUCCCCUACGCUGGCACGAAGAAACAUGACCCUGCCCGAUGACAGCGGGCAAAACUUGGUGGAAUGGCGCUUUCGCAAAGAGCAGACGAGGACGAAGGUCACAGUGUUUGGACGCAAGUUACGAGUAAAUGGACGGAACAUAUUGUCUGUUGAUUAUGACCGAGCACUGAGGAUUGAAAAGAUCUAUGAUGAUCACCGUAAAUUCCUUCUGAAGAUUGGUUAUGACACAGCAGGUCAGCCUACUCUCUGGAUGCCAAGUAGCAAGCUGCUGCCUGUCAACCUCACCCGCAAUAGCAAUGGGCAGUUGAGUGCCAUACACUGGGGCUCUGUCUCAGAGAGGGCCGAGUAUGAUGGACAAGGCCGUCUGCUUUCCAGAACAUUUCCUGAUGGAAAGACCUGGAGCUACACUUAUCUGGAGAAGUCCACUGUCCUGAUCCUGGCGAGUCAGCGGCAGUAUGUCUUUGAAUAUGACCCUCAGGGAGGCCUUUCUGCAGUCACUAUGCCUACUGUGGCACGAUACACUAUGGAGACCAUACGCUCGGUGUCUUACUACCGCAACCUUUACCAUAUGCCUGAGAGCAACGCUUCCGUCGCUGUAGACUACAGUGAGGAUGGGAGGCUCCUGAGAGUGGCACAGCUGGGCACGGGACGGAGAGUCCUUUACCGGUACCGCUGGCACAACAAACUCUCGGAGGUUCUGUACGACAGCACUCGUGUCAGCUUCACCUACGACGAGACGGCAGGUGUGCUGAAGACGGUCAAUCUGCAGAGUGAGGGUUUUAUAUGCACCAUUAGAUACAGGCAGCUUGGCCCGCUGGUAGACCGGCAGAUCUACCGCUUCAGCGAGGACGGGAUGGUAAACGCUCGCUUCGACUAUGCUUACGACAGUAGUCUGCGUGUGACGAGUAUUCAGGGGGUCAUCAAUGAAACCCCGCUGCCUAUUGAUCUUUAUCAGUAUGAUGACAUCUCAGGGAAGGUGGAGCAGUUCGGCAAAUUUGGCGUUAUCUAUUAUGACAUCAACCAGAUCAUCUCUACCUCUGUCAUGACUUACACCAAACACCUUGACGGGCACGGUCGGGUUCGAGAGAUUCAGUAUGAGCUCUUCCGUUCUCUGCUCUUCUGGAUCACGGUCCAGUAUGACGAUAUGGGCCGAGUCACCAAGCGGGAGAUGAAGAUUGGCCCGUUCGCCAAUGCCACCAAGUAUAGCUAUGAAUAUGAUGUGGACGGACAGUUGCAGACCGUCUACCUCAAUGAGAAAAUGAUAUGGCGCUACAGCUAUGACUUAAAUGGGAACAUACACCUGCUGAGUCCAGCAAACAGUGCUCGAAUCAUGCCCCUACGUUAUGACCUACGAGACCGUAUAACACGUCUAGGAGACCUGCAGUAUGAGUUGGACGAAGAUGGGUUUCUUCGUCAGAGAGGCUCUGAGAUCUUCCAAUACAGCUCCAAUGGCCACCUAGAACGUGUCUACAGUAAAUCCACUGGCUGGUCAGUCCAGUACCGUUACGAUGGUUUGGGAAGAAGAGUCUCCACAAAGUCCAGCAUGGGACAACAUCUGCAGUUCUUCUAUGCUGAUCUGAGCUACCCAAGCAGGAUAACGCAUGUCUACAACCAUUCCAGCUCACAGAUUACCUCUCUAUACUAUGACCUGCAGGGGCACCUGUUUGCAAUGGAGAUCAGCAGUGGAGCGGAGUUCUACAUUGCCUGUGAUAACAUAGGAACGCCAUUGGCUGUCUUUGGCAGCGAUGGUGCCCUCCUCAAGCAGGUUCAUUAUACGGCUUAUGGCGAAGUCUACUCAGACUCCAAUCCUGAUAUCCAGUUGGUGAUUGGGUUUCAUGGAGGACUUUAUGACCCUCUAACAAAACUGCUUAAUUUUGGAGUGCGGGAUUAUGACAUCAUGUCGGGUCGCUGGACUGCACCUGACUUCAUGCAGUGGGAGAAAAUCAGCAAGAAUCCAGGCCCUUUCAAUCUCUAUAUGUUCCGAAACAACAACCCUAUAAGUAAAGUGCAGAAAGUUAGAGACUACUUAACAGAUGUGAACAGCUGGCUGGUCACAUUUGGAUUCCAUCUCCAUAAUAGUAUCCCUGGUUUCCCUGUCCCUAUUUCUGAGAUGACACAAGCCUCCUAUGAACUGGCCAAAAGUCAAGUGUGGGACGACCUGACAGCCAGCUUUGCAGUCCAGCAGCAUGUCAUUCGACAAGCUGAAGCAUUUCUAACAUUUGGGGAUCUGCCACAGGUUGAGUUCGGUCAUAGCCAAAGGGCUGAUAAACCCUGGCUGUGGUUUGCCUCAAGCGAUUCAUUGAUAGGUCGCGGGAUCAUGCUGGCCCUUUACAAGGGCAUCGUGAUAACCCGCGCACUAAGCCUGGCUAAUGAGGAUUGCGUCAAGGUUGCCAACAUCCUCAAUGGCGCACUUUACUUGAAAGACUUGCACUUUAUCAUAGAUGGCAGUGACACGCACUUCUUUGUUAAAAUGAAUUCUCCUGAAGCGGACCUGGCAGCGCUGCGGCUUACUAGCGGACGGAAAGAACUUGAGAACGCGGUGAACGUGACGGUGUCGCAGUCCACAGCUGUGCUAGGUGGCCGCGCCCGGCGCUUCGCAGAUGUGGAGUUUCAGAGGGGGGCUCUCACCCUGCACGUGCGCUACGGGGCGUCUCUGGAUGAGGAACGAGUGCGUGUUUCAGAGCUGGCCCGACAGAGGGCUCUCGCCAUCUCGUGGGCACAGGAGCAGCAGCGGGUGCGAAACGGAGAGGAAGGAUCCCGCCUGUGGACUGAGGGAGAGAAGAGGCAGCUUCUCAGCACUGGACGAGUGCAAGGCUACGAUGGAUACUACGUGCUGUCGGUGGAGCAGUAUCCUGAGCUAGCCGACAGCGUCAACAACAUUCAGUUCCUCAGACAAAAUGAGAUUGGCAAAAGGUAGUGAACAGACCAUGAUUAGCCACUCUGUGCAAUUUGUAAUGGAAGAAUAAGUUAAGCGGACACAUUUAUUACAUUCUCAGAGUUUGUAAAAACGCUACUACUCCUAGUCUAAUAAGAAGAGUACUACCUAGGGGGGAAAAAGAGCAUUAAAACAACGCUGUGCGUUGUGAAACAUUGUGUUUUCUCAAGACCUAUUUAAGGCCUUAACAAGGUUACAGUUGUGGAGCACAGUGAAAUUAUGAACUUAGCAUCAAGAGACAGGCCAGAUUCAUACAGCUGUUGAAAUCUUUAUUUAACUAUUUAUUAAUGAUUCAUUUUUACAAGCACUAUUCAAAUAAGUCCCUAAAGAGAAAAAUGGCUUACCUUUUGGAAAAAGACAAUGUUUACAUAUGCAUAUCACUGUACCACUGCAAAAAUACCACAUGUGAUGUCAGGUGGGUUAUUGUAGCCAGCUAUACACUGUAAUAUUUUUAUAUUUAUUGAGAUGUGUCUCUUUUUCCUGUACAUUUCAUGAAUAUCAUAAUAGAAAAAAAUGCUUUUGUUGGCAAUCAUGUCAUGUGCAAUAAAAACUCCCCUAAAGUAUGAUUUUAGGUGAUUGUGUGUUGUUGUUUUUUAUGUCUGAUUCUACUUUUUUUUCAGUUACAAAAACAAAGUGUUUUAUAAAUGACAUUUGACACUUUGAUUUGCAGCUAUCAUACAUUAACUGAAUAAACUGUACAAAUAAUAAAUAAAAUGGC